GGAUUCGGCAAGCAGGCUCCGGCCGCUCUCCUCACCCACGCACCUGUGUCUGCCGCCACACCUUCCGGUCUGGCCAGUGAAUAAAAGUGACACAUUCUGAGAAGUGUUUUUAAGUCUAAGACAAGUAUCGGCUUUUUAUUUGCUUUCAUUGCAUAUAACGGAAUUACGCAGAAUUACGCUUUGGAACGGUUUCGAACCCUCGUCCUUCACUGGCAGGACGGUGGCACGUGCAGUACCUCAAACUCGGACCCUGCCCGGCCCCGAACUUGCGUUCAUUUUCUUUCGUUUCUGUAGAAGUCGGCCAGGUGACGCGCCAGGUAAGGCUGGGGGAGCCCCUCAGAAAGGAUUCGAGGAUAGACCGGUGCUGCCGUGCCCGCGACACCGGUGUCCAGUGAGCCGCCCCGCGCACACCGGGGAAUGUGACGAGUCCCGGGGGUGGUCCCUUUAGAAAGCGCCGAAACCCUAUGCAUGCGGAGUCUCGUGGUGCGUUUCGAGCCAGCAGAACGAACAGUUUUAAUUCCCACGUGCUGCCACCGCUGCCUGGCUGUAUUUCAAAAGUAGGAUCUUUGAUGCCAGAAAUCAGGGUUUCCCAGGACAGAAACUAUAGAGGGGGGACUGGAACUUACUGGGAUUUCACACACGGGCCCAAACCGCAGCGUCCUCUGUGCACCGGGGCGCCGGGUGCACACGCCGCUGUUGAGGGCGUGAGAGCGAAUGUUUUGUUAGUGAACGUUCUGUUCGUUACCCUGAUUUAACGUAAGAGCUCCGCUUUAGUUCCCAUUCAGUUAGAAGUGGAGAGUGUAAAACAAUUCUUGCUUGUACAUGCGUCGUGGCACAAGUUCCAGACCUGAGACCCAGAGCAGAGUUCUCCAAGUGUUCGUCCGCUGCGGUCCUUCGCAAAAAAAAGCAGUUCUAACAGAAUUGUAUAUAUUUGUUCAACUAUUUUGACCAAAAAGUUUAAUAAAUUUUAAAUGUUUAACUGGAUUUGCAUUGUGCGUUCAGACGGCUUUCCCCAUUGAGUAGAAACUGAGCCUCUGCGUCGCGGGGGACCCAGCAGAGGGGAAACGCCGGGGCGCGGACCCCGGUGGCGCCCUCUCCGACUCCGGGGUUCCCCGCUUGCUCUCAGGAGCUGGGACCUGUGCGGGAUGCACGCUCGAGAGGCGGGCAUGUCUCCCCUGCACUGCUUCCUCUUCGACGUGCAUCUCCAGGUGAGCCUUUUGUCCCCCCGACGAGGGAAAAUCCCUAGUUUUCAGACUUCAUUUAUUUCGCUCAUUUAUGUUCUUCAUGAAAUACGUAUUUUCUAAAACGUUCCCCUUUCCUCGUUUACAAAUCCAGAAAUUGUCUCUGUUCCUCAAAGUCAGUUGUGUGAAUUGUUUUCAUUCUUAGGGUCCCGUGCUGCUGUUUUCCUAGAAGUUUUCGUGCUCUACGCAGGCCAGUGACCUGGGUCGGGAUGGGUAAUCUUUAUUCAUGAGAAAUGGAGCUUCUGAAAGUCAGUGUGAGACUCAGCCUGGUUGUCCUGUGUCUGCAGAUCACUGGCACCGGUGACGGGACAGCACGACAAAUGCCACGUUUCCACCUGCCGUCCUGAGGAGCUGAGCGGCCCCACUUCUCCGAACCAGAGGCCCGUCCCCAGAGCAUCCCUGGUCAGCGCGAGCGGACCGCUCUGACCAGGCCGAGCCGGGCUCUGUUGCUACGUUGCUUUAAGGAGGAAAUGUCUGCAAGUCUUGCUUAAGGGGGUCGAGACGAAUGUCGGAGUUGGCACCUGGGCUUUUUUCUUCCAAACGUGUGCUGUGUCCACGGACCCGCAGCCAUUGGCCUCUCCGGGGGAGUGUCCGGGACGGGGUCAGAGCAGUGGGAGCCCCGAGUGAGCAGCUCCCUGGCUCUGCAGGAGAAGGGACAGCAGGUGUCUGUUGUCCGGAGGACGCCGCUCUGCACGGAACCCAGGUGCUUGCUGCACACGGGCCCUGCGAAUUGGCGGCAGGGGACAGGUGGCCGCCCUGUGGCACGCGGUCACAGGUGGCGGGCUCAGGCGUGUGCGCACUGCCCCUGGGCCCACCCCGCACCCCCGCAGGGCUGGUGACGGCGGGUGAGCGCAGCACACAGGGAACUUUCACACCCGAGCGUGGCCUUGACCUAGGAGCUGUGGCCCUGAGAGAAGGGACUCCCCGGCAGGAGAACGUGCGGAGGGGUCAUCUGGGCCCGGGGCUUGUUGGAGUCGUCGGCACCUCAUCUGACAGUGCAUCCCUCUACUUGGGGUGUGCGCGAAGCACGGUCCCCGGAACACGGGCCUGCCAGCCGCCAGGACGCCAGCGCUGGGCUAGGACAGCUGCUGUCGACCUCGACCCCCGCGCGGUUGAGGACGUCGUGAGCAACAAACCUGGGAUUCCUCUGAUAACCAGAGUGUCUGAACGUAGUGUACGGGUGCAGAACAGAUACAGGAGGAUCUGUACGGUGCGUCCGAGAGGCCGCCGCCACCGCCAUGCCGUAGGAAAGGUAAAGGGGACAAGGGGACGUACGCCUGGUUCACCCACAAAGCUUUUAGAACACUUUUAAAACACGUGACUACAGUCCUCUCGAGGAUUUGGCAAAGAUUUAUUUUUUCUCUAUUUCCAGUCUUUUGAAGUAGACACAGGUUUGCUCUCAGGAUGGAGCAGAUUCUAAGACACAUGAAACCCCAACACCACGGGGAGGACUAGAUCCAGCAGUCCAGAGUGAGAGGAGAGGAGGACACGGACAGGGGCCCUGGGCAGGAGGCGAGCGUCCAAGGUGGCCACCCAGACGGAAGUCCCCCCCCCCCGCAGGAACGCACGGCUUCGUGUCCCAGCAGUACAGCGGAACCUGCAUUUGUUCCGGGAUUCUACGGCGUGACAAAGAACUCUGCGUUAAAAGAGUUAAAUGUCUUUAGGAGACAACCUGCAUCCACUUGAAUGUAGUCUUUCCUAUAAUAGUGUGAAUAUAAGGCCACAAUAUUUACUCGGGAUAAACCCCUCAUGUAGUCAUU